AGCCGGCUCUUCGCUCUGGGAAUGUUUUUGGUUCCCGGCGGCUUCCAUCGCUCGGGCCCUGCUGACCCUCCAAGGAAACAGUGGUGGUCGAGCGGAUAGUCCGCAUUUGACCUCUGACCCAGUUCCGCCACUCCCUGACCUAUGACCCGGUACAGUCGGGCACAGGUUCAGGAACUGUUACUUUGUCAUCAUCCUGUUUUUGCUUCACUGAAAUCCCACUGAGCAUGGUGUAGGAAGAGCAAAGUCCUCAGGAUAUAGCAUGAAGCUGAAGGAGCUGGAGAGGCCUGCUGUCCAGGUGUGGAGUCCAUCCAGCCAGCACCCCAUCUAUUUGGCAACAGGAACAUCUGCCCAACAGCUGGAUGCAUCCUUCAGCACAAAUGCUACCUUGGAAAUCUUUGAGGUUGACUUCAGGGAUCCUUCCCUGGACCUGAAACACAAAGGGGCCCUUUCUGCUUCUAGCAGGUUUCACAAACUGAUCUGGGGAAACUUCAGCAGUGGAUCUCCUGAAGGUUCAGGGGUCAUUGCAGGCGGAGGGGACAAUGGCGUGCUCACUCUAUACAGUGUCUCCCAAAUCCUGUCUUUGGGGAAGGAGCCUCUCAUUGCUCAGAAGGAGAAGCAUACAGGUGCUGUCAGAGCUCUUGACUUCAAUCCUUUCCAGAGUAACCUCCUGGCCUCAGGAGCAAAUGAUUCUGAAAUCUACAUUUGGGAUUUGAAUAAUUUCAGUGUGCCAAUGACUCCAGGAUCCAAGUCCCAGCAGCCUCCAGAGGAUGUCAGUGCACUGUCUUGGAACCAGCAGGUCCAGCACAUCUUGUCAUCUGCUCACCCCAGUGGCAAGGCUGUGGUGUGGGAUCUGAGGAAGAAUGAGCCCAUCAUCAAGGUCAGCGACCACAGCAACAGGAUGCACUGCUCAGGCCUGGCUUGGCAUCCAGAAGUGGCUACCCAGCUGGUGCUGUGCUCUGAGGAUGAUCGCCUCCCAGUGAUCCAAAUGUGGGACCUACGGUUUGCCUCAUCCCCCCUCAAAGUGCUGGACAGCCAUAGCAGGGGAGUCCUGUCGGUGUCAUGGAGCCAGGCUGACCCAGAGCUGCUGCUCAGCAGUGCCAAAGACAACCAGAUCUUGUGUUGGAACCUAGGCAGUGGGGAGGUGGUAUAUAAGCUGCCCACGCAGAACCGAUGGUGCUUUGACGUCCAGUGGUGCCCCCGGAACCCGCCCGUGUUCUCAGCUGCCUCUUUCAAUGGCUGGAUCAGUUUGUACUCAGUCAUGGGAGGGAAUUGGGAAGCCCAGCAGAAGACCCAGGCCGAGAAGAUCUCAUCUUCUUUCAGUAGCCUUGAUCCAUUUGGCAUUGGCCAUCCUCUUCCUCCACUGGAAGUACCGGAGCAGGUGGCCCAUACCAACUUAAUCCCACCCCUGAAGAAACCCCCAAAAUGGAUUCGCAGGCCAACAGGUGCCUCAUUCGCAUUUGGGGGAAAGCUUGUCACCUUUGGUCUGCCCAGCCCCCCAACCCAGCAGGUGUCACAGCCUGGCUGCCGCCUCAUCUUCAUCAGUCAAGUUAUCACUGAGUCUGAGCUGUUGGCACGAUCCCAGGAGCUGCAGGAGGCCUUGGGGUCAGGUAGUCUUCUGCAUUACUGCCAAAGCCAGAUCCAGCGAGCGUCACUGCCCUCUGAGAAGAACAUCUGGCAGUUCCUAAAGGUGACCUUGGAACAGGAAUCCAGGACCAAAUUCCUUAAGCUGUUAGGAUACAGUAAGGAGGAGCUUUAUGAGAAGAUGGCCGCACGUCUGGGGAGUGGUUUGGAAGUAGGUGAGAGUCCUCACCCCACAGGAGGUGACCUCUGCUGGAACAGACAAGCCUUCUGCAGGCAGGGCUCCAGACACUCUUCGGAGGAAUCGGCUGCGUCCUCUGCCUUCUUUGAUGAGCUUGUUCCUCAGAACAUGACCCCGCUGGAGAUCCCUGUCACAGAAGACACUGAUGGACUGCUAAGCCAGGCCCUGCUGCUGGGAGAACUAGGCCAUGCUGUGGAACUGUGCCUGAAGGAGGAGAGGUUUGCAGAUGCCAUCAUCCUGGCCGGAGCCGGUGGGGAGCAGUUGUUGCGGAAGACUCAGCAGCGCUACUUUGCCCAAAAGAAAUCCAGGAUUGCCUCACUUCUAGCCUGCACGGUGGAGCAGAAAUGGAGAAAUGUGGCGUGUUCAUGCAGCCUGAAGAGCUGGAAAGAGGCUCUGGCCCUGCUGCUGACAUACUGUGGCCCCCAAGACUUUCCUGAGCUCUGUGAUAUGCUGGGGAACCGCUUAGAGCAGGAGGGUGGAGAAACACUGGCUGCGGAAGCCUGUCUCUGUUAUAUCUGCUCAGGAAACGUGGAGCGACUGGUGGAAUGCUGGGUGAAAAUCCACCAGACUUCUUCACCCAUGGCUCUGCAGGACUUGGUAGAGAAGGUGAUGGUUCUUAGUAGGAGCCCUGGGCCACUCCAGCGCCCUGAGGGGGCAGUCCCUGGCCCUGCCACUGCCCACAGAGUCACUCAGUAUGCCAGCCUGCUAGCAGCCCAGGGCAGCCUUGCCACGGCCAUGAGCUAUCUCCCCAAGAACUGUGCUCAACCCCUCGUCCAGCAGCUGAGAGAUCGCCUCUUCCAUGCCCAAGGGUCUGGACUCCUGGGCCAGCAGCCUCCUCCUUUCCCCUUUCCCCGGGUCACAGUGGGAUCCUCUCCCCAACCUAGAGGCCUGGGGGCCCAGCCCCAUGCUACAGGACUGCGCCCUCUUGCCCAGGUCUCAGCUCCACCCCCAGGACCAGGGGUCUUCAUGUCUCAGCUGUCAGCACCAAUGACCCUCAGCCACCCAAGCACCUAUCAGAGCCCCAGACCCCCAAGCACAAGGGACUCAAGAGCAGCAGGGGCUCGGCUGGUUCCGCCUCCCCUUCCCGGUCCUCGAGCAGGUGCAGCUCUGCCUCAACCACAGCUGCUGGGAGUGCAGCAGACCCAAGCCCCUGGUCCUGUGGGCUUCCCAGGCACCCAGCCUUUCCCUGGGCCACCUCCACCCAUGGCUCCCCAGACACUCUCAUUUCCUGGCUCCACCUUCCUAGCAGGGGCCCCAGGCCUGUCCACUUCACUUCCGAGCUGGGCCCCUGGGCCUGGUCUACCACCCCCCAUUGGCUCCCAAGCUCCAGUUGCUCCCAUCAGUUUCCCUGUGACAUGCUGUCCUCCAGGAGGGCCUGGUGCUCCAGUUUCUAGAACUUUGCCAGCCUCUGGAAUCCUGGAUCCCCACUCAGGGCCCCGAGAACCCUGCAGAGACACCUCAGCUUCUAAAGGAGGCCUCCAAAGAACAAAGCUACCUGAGAUGUUUACUCCACCAGCCCCCAUCACAGCUCCUAUUGGAAACCUACCCCUCAAUCCUCGAGAAGCCCGCUCACCUGGCCCUCCCAUCUCUGGCAUGGGUCAGGCUCCCCCAGGAGCUCCAGGAGAGCUCAGUCUGCAACAGCUACAGCAGCUGCCACCUGAGCAAGUGAAGAAAAAGGAGAUGCCCCCGGAACAUCAGCCCCUGAAGACCAGCUUUGAAGCCCUUCUGCGGCGCUGUACCCUGUCAGCCUUUGACCCUAAAACAAAACGGAAGCUAGAGGAGGUAGCCCUAAGACUGGAAUAUCUGUAUGAGAAGCUUCAGGAGGGAAUGCUCUCUCCCAAUGUCCUGGCUGGGCUCCAUGAGGUCUCCCGAUGUGUUGAUGCUGGCAGCUACGAGCAGGCCCUAGCAGUGCACACCCAGGUGGUGGGCAGCAGUAGCUUCAGUGAGGUGUCCGGCUUCAUGCCUGCCCUGAAGACCAUCCUCACCAUUGCCCACAAGCUUCAAGGAGGACAGUGAGAUGGGCCAUCUUGUCCUGUCCCUCUGUGUCUCUCACCCACAGACUGGGGUGGGAGACUCCCAAGGCACUGAGAUAGAUAGGGAUAGAUGGUUAAACAGCAUAUCUCCCACCCCUUCUGAAUUAAGGCCAGGGGAGGAGGACAGCAAUAAUGGUUUCUUUUCCUCUCCUGUGUCUCCACCGAGCCCGUCCUAGAUCUGCUGCUGUCGACUCCCCCUUGGCGCCCACUGAGCUCUGCCCCUUCCCCAGCCUGUGAGGGAGCUGACUUGGCUUGGCUGUGUGUUGCAAAGGUAGAUCCUUAUCUCAUCCUUUACCUUCCGCACAUCAGCCAUCCCAGGUUCCUUUAGACUCCACUGUUUCCUGCCUUCUUUCCCUCUGUAGUCUUCAAAGAGGGUGAAAGAGAAAGGAUUUUGUAUCCUUCCCAUUUCCACCAAUGUUCUGGGUACCCAGUGAGCAUUCUUUUUCCUCUUUUUUUGUGGCUCUCCCCGCCCCCUCACUGCUCCUUAGGCUUGUCUCCAGUUCCAUGUAAGUUGGUAAGAUCUGGCUAAUGCUCAGUCCAAGUCAGAGGAAGGCACAGACUAUGGAGAAAAAUGGAGAGUAGGGCCUCCUCUCUCCAGUCUGCUCAGCAGCUGGGCUGGCUUGUUCCUUUUUUCCUUUUCCUCCUGUGGGUUGGGUGGGUGCAUGUGUGUGUGUGUGCCCAGGAGUCCAAGAGCUCAGUCCACGCGCCUCCUUUCUGCCUUCUGGGCAGAUGGCUUGUGAUGUAGUCAUAAGAAAUGGCCCCACGUGGUUGUUAGAUGCUUUGUGCUGUUGUCACAGGUGCUCUGGGACGGGGAGUAAAUGAGGGAACAGAAGGUUUCCCUGGCUCUGUCCUCCAUGGCUCAAUCCCUAGAAGGGUUAAGGGGCCAUGGGGAGUUCUGGAGCCCUUUCAGCUCCUUUUCCUCUAAGCUCCUCACCAUGUGCCUCAGGCCCCCUUUGGCUGCCUCUCACCUUUUGGAUUCUGCUGUUUGAUGCACUGAAAUACCGAGGACAAAAUAAAGCUGCUUUGAUUGUGUUUC